CUGUCACAUGUCGGGGAGCAUCGCUCACUGUAUCAUUCUCAAGCACUCACUCACUCACUCACUCGCUCACUCACUCCAUCAUCCAGGUCGUCGCCGGCACUCCACCUUCCCUCUUUGACUGGGACCAUCACAAGCUGGCCUGUUCCUGGCCUGUCCGGUUCAUAUCACCCAGCCGAGCCUUCCCGUGCCAGCCUCGCAUCUGCACGUGCUGAAACCAUCACACAAUGCUGCUCUUCUGCCCUCGCUGCUCCAACAUCCUGACCGUCUCGCCCUCAAACGAGACAGGCCGCAACCGGCUCGAGUGCCGGACCUGCCCGUACCAGCACGCCAUCGAGGAGCCCCUGUACUCGCGCCGCGUCUUCAAGAAGAAGGAGCGCGAGGACGUCUUUGGCGGCCCGGGCGCCUGGGACAACGCGGACAAGACUAAGGUCCAAUGCGCCAGUCCCACGUGCAACGGCGGCGAGGCGGCAUUCUACCAGAUCCAGAUCCGCAGUGCCGAUGAGCCCAUGACGAGCUUCUACAAGUGUAUGUCUUGUGGUCACAGGUGGAGAGAGAACUAGGCAGAAUUGUCCCUCAAGCUUCUGCUCCUACGCAGUGGCAGCUUCACAUGGCGUGGAACGAGCAGUUCUGAGCAGGUGGGCGUGUUUCGCGGUGUGAUGCAUUCAAAGCAAGGCGUUCAUGGGGAAAAACUGUAUUUCGCAUAUAGAGCACGUCACAAAGAGACCAAGUAUAGAAGGCGGAUA